AUGGCUAGUGAAGAUCAACUGGAAGAGGUAAAUUACUAUGACCUAUCCAUGGAUGAUUUACACGUCAUUAUAGAUGAUCUUACCCAUCUUUCUGAAAAGUUGUUGAAAAAAUAUAAUAAAUGUAAAUCUGAAAAUGAGAUAUUGAAUGUAGUAAAUGAUUUCUUAAAAGAAACAGAAUGUGCAAUGGAUCUUAUUGACAAAAAUAGGUUUUUGAAAUCUGAAAUUGGAAGACUUAAAGGAAUGCACAUUGUGGAUCCUUCACAAGAACUUGUUGCUGAAAAUGAAAGGCUAAAUGAAAUGAUUAAAAGAUUAAAUAGUGAUUUAGCAAGAUUUGCUCACACUUCUAAUUUGCUAGCAUCCAAGAAGAAGAAAGACAUGUGGUACUUGGAUAGCAGAUGUUCCAAGCACAUGACGGAAAGGUCAACAUUCUUCAUCAAACUCAACAAGUAUGAUGGAGGGUUUGUGAUCUUUGGAGAUGAUGGUAAGGGCAAAAUUAUAGCAGUUGGAAAAGUAGGUAAAAAUUAUUCUAUCUUCAUUGAUGAUGUCUUUUUGGUUGAUGAUUUGAGGCAUAAUCUAUUGAGUAUCAGCCAGUUAUGUGAUUUAGGUUACUUAGUGAUAUUCAAAAUAUUAGAAUGCCGAGUGGUGAGUGAAAAGACUAAUGAGGUACUGUUAGUUGCAAAUCGGUGUGAUAAUGUGUAUGAUCUCACUCUUGAUGAGCUAAAUAAUCAAAAUGUAGCUUGUUUUCACUCCAAAGAUUCUGAAAAGUGGCUAUGGCACAAAAGAUUGGGUCAUGCAAGAUUUUCCACCACUAGCAAAGCUUAUAGAGUUUACCAUCAAGAUGCUAGAAUAAUUGAGGAGUCCAUACAUGUAACCUUUUCUGAUACUAACUUGGUUCAAAGUAUCUUGGAAGAUUGUGAUGUAGGAACUCAAGUUGAAGGCAAUAAGAAAGAAGCCCAAAGUCAUGAGGAAGAAAUUUCUGAGCUACCUAAAUCUGAAAUUGCUGCUGUAGGAGAUCCUGUAGGAGACAAUUUUAUUUUAUCUCCUGAAACAGGUCAAAUUCUUGAGAAUACCAGUUUCUUGGAUCUCUCAGUGACCGAAUCUGCUCCUAGAUCCACUAGAUCCCGUGAGUGA